AUGUGCUCCAUGGCAUCUGGAGGUAGUGUUUGUACUGAUAACGAGCAGGGCGGCCGCCACCAUACCCUCGAAGCUCCGGUUCCGCAGCCCGUCGUCAGGGGGCACGAUGUGGUUCAGCAUCAGUUCCACCAGGGGGCUGGGGGCCGAGAAGCUGGCGUUGCUGCCCGAGAAGGCGAAGGCGCUGAGGUUGACCAGCGGGUUGUGGCUGAGGUCGAGCUGGCGCAGGCUGGGCAGAUGCUCGAAGGCGCCAGCGCACACCUUCUCCAGGCUGCUGCCGCUGAGGUUGAGCGUGGCCAGGUCGGCCAGCGGCGGCCGGCGGGCGAAGGCACCGGCGGGGAGCACCGCCAGCUGAUUGCCGCCUCGGAGCACUCGCAAGGCUGGGGGCAUGGGCCCGGCAGCGGGGGCUGGGCGGACACCGCGGAGGCCAGGAACGACGCGGAGGAGGUGGAAGGCGCCGAGGAGGUGAGAGAGGACGAGGACACCCAGCCCAGGAGGAUCAGCGCCAGCCGCGCCAGCCGCAGCCGCCCGUCCCCGGCGGCGGGGCCCCGGGAGCACCCCCCAGGCAUCGCGGCACGGCUUUCCCGGAGCCGGGCUGGGACGGCGCCCGCUCCGAAAGCUUGGGAACUGGGUCCGGAGGGCGCGGGCCGGCCGGAAGCGUCUGGAGAAAACUUUCCUCUCGUGGGAGCGGAGGAGGGACGCCGCAGCCGGAACUUGGCUAAACCCCUCGCCACCGGGCGUUCCCCUCCCGGGGUCGAUUCCCCCGCCCCUUCCCUCCAGAAAGUACGCACGGCGGGUCGGGACUCUCAGCUCUGCGCUCCUCCUCCCGCUCCUCUUCCUGCCGCCGCCCCCGGGUGGCACCUCCUCUCCUCUUUUGUUGGCGCCUCACGCUCGAUCCGUUCCGGGACCUGGGACAGGCGGGAGGGAAGCGUGAGGAGCGGCGGCGGCCGCAGCUCCCCGAGUGCGGGAACCGGACUCUCCAAGCCAAGUCGUCCCCCUUGGUCCCCAAGACCUCCCUCCGAAAGCCCGUCCAGGUUUCGCCUCCCCCAGCCCAUGCACAUCCUUACCCGGGAGAGGGGCGCGCGUCCCGAGACACCCAGCGUGAAAGUCUGCCUUCUGCCAGGCCCACACUAUAUAUACCCUUCCAGCCUCCCGCCCUCCUCCUUUCCCGAUCACAUUCGUCCCCCGAGUCUAACUUCCCGCUUGAUCCCCAGCGCCUUCCCGACCAAACUUCUCGCUCUCCCAGCUGCUUCCCCCACCGCCUCCGCCGGCGACCUGCCUUCCGGGGUCUCCGCCCCCGCCCGGACCUCUCCCGGUCCAGGUUUGGAUGGGAGGGAAGUUUCAGGUUACAGGGGUCCUUUGAUCUCUUUCGGUACCUUCCCGGAUUGGCAGGAAGUGGAGAACCUUAACAGCUGUCGGCCCCCGGCCCCCGGCCCCGCGCCCCCGCGAGCCCCUCGGAUCCCAGAGGGGGUUCAAGUCAUCUCCAAAGAAGAGCGGAGAGGCCGCGAACAAAGCGGCUGUGGGACCCUGAACCUACGCUUCCCUUCCUCCAGAGGAUGGGAAGGGGCCCAGCGCGGCCUCCGGGGUUUCGCCUUCGCCGCUCGCUCCCCACCGCUCACCUCCGCGCCCGUCACCUCCGGAGACAACUCAGUCCCACCAGAGUCUCGGCGACUUCUCGGCUCCGCGCUGCGGGCGCCGACUCUCCUCGCACCCCGACUCUCCUCGCACCCCAGCCCCUGGCCCAACCUCCGCCGCUGGGAAAAACCAACCCGGGGGGCGGGGGAGAGCCAGGCCUGCCGGAGGGAUUUCUCCCGCCGCGCGGCCAACCUUGGCAGCCCUCAGUAGGGGGAUUUAAGAAAGGAGACUGGGGGGAACUGGGCCGCGCGCCUCCUCCUGGUGGAAACGAACAAGGAACGUGCCGGAAAAGGAAAAAAACCGCUUGUGAAUCUCGUGGAAUUCACCCUCCUGGGGGCACCUAGGGCGUGACAGAGCAACGCAAAGCAGCAGCAUCAAGAAAUUAGCAGAAAAUGUACAGCGGCAGCAGCACAACGCUCAGCAAGCUCCAGGGGAGCUUCAGAAUAUCUUCCCACCAAAGUGAUUCCUUACAUGCCGACUUGAGGUUUGGGUGUAAUUAUGCGUCCCCACCUGCCCCGCCCCCGCACUUCUUGGAUAGUUACGGAACUUGAGAACGGAGAGAGCCAACUUUAAUGGGGGGAGGGGAGCUGGAUAAAAGGAUUAGUGGAAAAGAGAUUCGUUUUUGAUUCAUUAGCUUUUUUCCUCCCCAAAUUAAAAGCAGAGGGAAGAACACAGCAGCCAAAGCGUCCUAGAAAGAAAAGGCAAAUAGCAAUGACUUGAGUCACCCAGAAGAGCGAAUGCAGCAGCGGUGUGCCAGUGCAAGUUACUUAAAUUGGGAAAACCCAGGAGCUAUCAAGAAAUAAUAAUGAACUAGAGCUGCGCAACUAGACGAAUACUGCUGAAACUCCCGAUUUAAGGGAAAAGAAUCCCACAAUCACGCUGGGCCUGACUGAGACACCUUAUUUGAAGACAGUUCAUCUCCAAAUGGCUAUUACCUGCCUCCCAAGAUGAGUGGAACAGCCUAGGCAUGUUCUUCUCUUGACAACUGUAGAAGCACAAAAGAAGGCAAGCCUAAGCCAGAUGUUUCUCAUGGACAGAACCCAACUAGAAGCCAGAUGACAGGGGAACCCUGCUGAAGUUGUUUGCCAGAUUCCCUGUCCAUGGAGAGAAUGGAUGCUGCAACAUAAACCCCUAGGUGCUUCCAGCCAACUUGCUUGCCUGGCUGGCCCUCCUUCAUCUGGUUGUGUCUGCAAUUGCCAAGGCAGUGGUGGAAGAAUUUCUGGAAGAUACUUAGGUUCAACCGAACUCCUUGGAUGGGUCAAUGACUACCUCAACUCCUGGGUAUAAUCAUAGCAUGCAGAUAUGGCGCUGACCUGCAGGUACCUGGGAUGUACUAUGGUGUCAAAGAGAGAGUGGCAUGAAAUUUCUAACAGGAAAAUACUUCUGUAAAGUCAUGUAAAGACAUGACUUGAGGAAUAAAAGAGA